AUCUAGGUGGCAGAACUUACUCAUAAAGCACAACUUCAAGAUGUUGAGCUGGAAAGAACAACUAAACAGCUGAAAGAAGCCAUUGCAGUUGCAGCGGAAGAAACUACAAAAUGUAAAGCAGCAAAGAAAGUAAUUAAAUCCCUAACAGCACAAUUGAAGGAGAUGGCUGAAAGAUUACCAAUUGGAGCAGCAAGAAAUGACAACAGCAAUUCACCAUCAUUUCAUUAUUCUAGCCCCACCACUAGAGAUUUUUCUUCUGGAGGCAGUGAACAACUGAGCAGUCCCAGAACAUGCCAUGAAUUAGAUUCAAAUGGAUCAAAUGGUGUAGUGGUUUCUAAUGGCUUAAGCACCAAUUAUAACCACAACUGCAACCACAUUGAAGCAGUACAUUUGGAAGCAACUGCCAGAAACAGGAGCAGAGCAAAAGCUGAGCCCAACUACGGGGAUGAAUGGGUUGAACAAGAUGAACCUGGUGUCUAUAUUACCCUUGUUGCCUUGCCUGGAGGUGUCAAAGAUCUUAAGCGUGUCCGCUUCAGAAUUCACUUUGGCUUCCCUUAAUGCCAUCUUAUUUAGUUUUGGAGUUACUUUUGGCAAGCUUGAACUGUUGAAGUUUCGAACCCUGUGCAGCAGUUAUGUAUCCCAGUUAAUUCAUUAUCACUACCUCAUAGUUAAAAGUCUUUUACUGCUCUUUUUUAACAUGUUUUACCAUAAAAAAACCAGUUAAAUGGGAUUUUCUAUGCAUUGGUCUGCUUCCUACUUUUGGGAAA